AGGUGUGGGGCGACUGGUACUCCAUCGCCAUGGCCGCGAGCGACGUGCGGCGCAUCCGGGAGGGCGGGGACCUGCGGGUCUUCAUCCAGAAGAUCGAGGGCGCGGCCGGCGGCAGCCUGCGCUUCUUCUUCCACUUCAUGCUGCUCGGGGACUGCGUGGAGGUGGCCCUCGUCUGCGAGAAGACGGAGAGGAGCGGGGAGUGCACCCUGGCCCACAUGGGGGACAACAGGGUGGUGCUGACGGAGACCGACUACAACCUCUACGCCGCCUUCCACCUGCACAGCGUCCGGAACCGCACCCAGACCCGCGUGAUGGCGCUGUAUGGCCGGAUCCCCGAGCUGCCCCACAGCUUCCUGCACAGGUUUGAGAGUCUCUGCAGGAAGCACGGGCUGGGCCCCCAGCACAUCCUCAGCCUGAGCACCCAGGACCCGUGUGUCCUGGACCGGCAGUAGAGGAGACUGUGGGUGUCGGGUGCGUG